CUUAUUUAAUCAUUAUCACAAAAAGCGUACACAACAGUAGGAAAUCAGUGCCAUCGUUCAGCUCAAUAAUGCAACACAAGACCCGCCCAUUCUGUUCCCAAUCAGGAAACAGUAUUCUGUCAGUGGAGUGGCCUAUAUUCUUUUGGUUCGUGCGCAAAAAUGAUUAUUUGGUUAGCCAAUCAAAUGCCAUGAAAUCACUUGAAAUGUAUCUAUGUCAGGUUACCUGUCACCACCCUGCCAUACAGAGCGUCGUCACGGCACCAUGCGGUACAGACGAAGCUCUGGGACAAUGGGGCGCUUCAUGGCGGUGGCGCUACUCCUGGUGACCCUUGGAAGCGUUGACGGAUCAACAACUCCCGAGACACAAUCCCCGGCCUCAACACCUGCAGGUGUAUCAACACUACCCCCACCUGUAUCCAGCAACUCAGGGACAAGUGGACAAGAGUAUGCUGAAGAUGUGAGCUACCUACUGGCUUAUAUUCAGUUUAACUGGCCGGCUAGUCAUGCAGUUACAGUGGCAGCUGUGGAAACAGGUGGAUCUUUUCUGGUUGAUUUUCCACAGCUGGGAUAUAACGUCACAAGGACUGUAACACCAUACGGGUACACUUGGGUUAACAUAGAUCCAUUAUUGCCGCUGACGGUAGGUGUGGAAAACAAGGCUUACAUAAUCCAUGUCUUUGGUAAGAACAUGGGCGUUCACGGAUAAAUUGGAACUGACGUCUAUUCUCCCCUCCCGAUCUCUGCCCUAGGUUCCAGGUAUGUAGUAUCCACCUGUCUGGGAUACCAGACACAGGUGGUGUUAGUGAUAGCUAGCCACAACCACAAGACGGACGUGGACAUCACGCUGAUGCUAGAGGGGAACGUCACCUAUGACAACAUGACCUACAACGACGGAGACACGAUUCACGUGACUCUAGAUGAGUAUCAGACCUUCACGAUGAAGAGUGACUAUGACCUGACUGGAACUGUAAUCAACGCAACAAACACUGUAGCUGUGUUCAGUG